GACUGCCCCGCACCCCCCGCCGCGGCGGGCCUCCCUCUUCUACCAGCGGCAGGGGAGGAAGCCCCGGGAGCGGUACCCACACGGCCACUCUGUGUCCCAGCCAUACUACUUCCCCGGGGUGAAAAUCCUGCCUAUUCCCGUGCUUUCCAACAACUACAGCUACCUGGUCAUUGACACUAGCUCUGGCCGGGCGGCUGCCAUCGACCCCUCUGACCCUCUGGCUGUGCAGGCUGCCAUUGAAAAAGAGGGUGUGAUGCUAGAGGCCAUAUUCUGCACCCACAAACACUGGGACCACAGCGGGGGGAAUGCGGAGCUCUGCCAGCAGCACAGCUCCUGCAAGGUGUACGGCAGUGCCCUCGAUUCCAUCCCAGACCUCACCAACCCACUUACAGACAGAGAGAAGGUGAGCGUGGGCUGCCUGCCCUUCCAGGCGCUUGCCACGCCUGGCCACACCGUGGGCCAUAUGGUGUACGUGCUGGAUGGGGAGCCCUUCGGCGGCCCCCACUGCCUCUUCUCUGGGGACCUGCUCUUCCUGUCUGGCUGCGGCAGGCUGUUUGAGGGCUCUGCUGAGACCAUGCUCGCCUCCCUGGACUUGGCCAUGGGCUUGGGCGAGGACACACUGCUGUGGCCAGGCCAUGAGUACGCGCUGGAGUGCCUGACCUUUGCUAGCCUCCUGGAGCUGGACAACCCCGCGCUGG